AUGCUCCUCUGGACGUUUCACAUGCUCCUCCGGAAGUCCUCCCACACUCUCCACCAGAGUAGCCAGCCUCUGGAAGUCCUCCAGACUUUGUUGGACCAUCAUCGGACUUCCUCUGAAAUGAAGUGCACAUACUCAGAGCAGGAUGGUAAGAUUGAUACCCUGCAAUGCCUCCAUGAAGGCCUUAGGCGCGAAAUUGUUGACCGGCACCCUGCAUUCCCACUUCCUGAACCUCCAGCCAAUGUAACAUCCUUGUUGCUUGAUCAAUCUGUCCCCCCAUCCAUGUCACCAUCUGCAUCUGCACUCCCUCCUCUCAUUGAUCUCUCAAUUGGAGAGAUGACAACCACACCCCUGAAAUCUGAGGAUGCCUCUGCCAUUGAGGGCCUCCUGUUUGAGUACAACCAGUGUGACAAUCAUACCAGUGCUAGGCGCAUAUGA